AUGGUUGCCCAGAGCGAAGCUUUCCAGAAGGCCGUCGUUGACAGCAAGAAGUUGACGUCGAAGCCGAGCAACGAGGACCUGCUCGAGAUCUAUGCCCUGUACAAGAUUGCCACCGGCGAGGAUUUCGAGAAGGCCACUGCGCCCGGCAUGUUCGACCUCAAGGCACGUGGCCCCUGUCCCCUCUCCGGCAAGGCCAAGUACAACGCCUGGAAGGCGGCUGUCGAGGACGGCAUCACGCCCGAGCAAGCGCAGGAGAAGUACGUCGCCAAGAUCGAGGAGAUGAAGGGCAAGUAUGGGUAUGACGAGAACAAGCAGCCCGAGGCUGUUGGAGGGCAAUAG